CAUUUGAAAAUUUUCAAAUAAAAUUUCCUAAAAAGUCCUAAAACAAAGUGCAAAGGGAACAAACGCAUUCGAAUAGAACGAGUAGAAUAUUUUUGUUUCCCCACAAGUUGGACAAGUUCGCCUCAAACGGAUGCAUUCUGAACACCCGGUAGACGCGCUUGCGGCAGACCUGCGCCCGUCAAGCAGCGGCUGACCCGUGCAGUAGUUCUCGCUGUUGUAUAUACAUCGUGUACUAGUGGUACUACUCGUCCGUUCUCGCGUGCCGACGGAUACUGGACAGAUACCCAGUGUAUCGUCAUAUUUUCCCGUGUUAUCCGCCGAGCGCGAGGACAACAGCUCGCGGAAGGUUCUGUAGUGUAACGUAACGCGAGGCCCUGCGAAGGGCCGAGGCUUCGGAUCGCCCAGGUGAGAGCCGCACGCGGAUCGCAGGGGAAUCUCGCGUCUAGCGAAAAGCGCACGAUCUAGGGUAAGGGAGUAGCAACCUCUUGAGGCCAGGACCAGCGGUCACGUGACCCGUGUGUUUACCAAAAUGGUGAAUAUCGGUGCGCUACGAACGAUUCUACGUUCUGUCAGCGUGCGGGAGCGGCCGCGCGACGCUUAAAUGCGCGACUAGACGCGCGAUCAGCUGUGCCGGACGUGCAGACGUGACACGCGGUCGCCGACGACGCGUACCCCGACGCAGGUUGUCGCGGCGCGUCCCCAUCGCCCCGGAGUCGGCCGUCCCCAUUUCUGGCGUCCCUGUUAUAAACGCGUCCUCUCCGCGCUGUGCAACGCACGCUCGCGUCGAGGUGCGAAGCGAAAGUUGGAAAGUGGACGUACGCACGCACGCACUCACGCACCGCGGUGUCGUGCGCGCCGCAACGACGCUCAGCGUCGCGCAGCGUCGAGAGUUACCUGGCCCGGUAUUUUGGACGCGAUCCACGGGAGAUGCCGCGACGUGACGGGGCGGUCACGGUACAACGAUCGCGUCCCCGUCGCGUACGAUCUCGUUGCGAUCGCAUCGCGAGCGCGCAACGGUAUUCUUAGACUGUUCCACGAGGCCCGGGGGUCUUACGAUGUCGUCCAUUCGUCUCGUUACACCAACAAGCCUACCCCCCGUCUUGUCAACGUUGUAAAGUCGGUGAGCUGUAGGAACCCCGUUUCCUCGCAUCACACGCAUUGCCACAUUGCGAGGGGUGAUCCGAGGCUUCCACAGGCCUAAUUUCACUCGCCAAUAAUGCUGAGCUCGAUGGACACUGGUAGCAGAUGAUCUCUGAUAUAGGUUAGUAGCGUUGCUGCAGAUGCAGAGCACUUUGAUGGAGGACGUCUAAAUGCCAGGAGGUGUCCUCGCAUAGCACCGAGUGCUGCGGCCAAGCAUUCUUAAACAUGGCCACGUAUCAAGUUGACUAUCAGUGGGCUUACUCCAUAAUGGAUUCGUCUAGGAUAUCCACUUUCCUAAUAUCAAUUCUACUAAUAGUUUACGGUAGUUUUCGAUCUCUGAACAUGGAGCAGGAGGCGAGGGAAAGAGAGAAGGAGAAGGAGCGUAAUAACUUGCUGACUGGUAUUACGAGUAACAGCAAUGCUGGCGGUACGGACGGCGCUAAUGCAGGAAGAGUCCAGACUCUCGAUACGAUGCAUGCUCUCUGUCUACCUCUCGGUGCUUCCAUUUCUCUACUCGUCAUGUUUUUCUUCUUCGACAGUAUGCAGAUGCUCCUUGCAAUUUGUACAGCCAUUAUAGCUACAGUUGCAUUGGCGUUUCUCUUAUUGCCCAUGUGUCAGUACAUCAUUAGACCGUGCUCCGACGGCAACAAAAUCUCGUUCGGCGUUUGCGGGAGAUUCACGGGCGCGGAGUUGCUCUCUUUCUCGCUCAGCGUGAGCAUAGUGUGCAUCUGGGUGUUGACCGGGCAUUGGCUGCUGAUGGACGCGAUGGGUAUGGGCCUAUGUGUGGCAUUUAUCGCAUUUGUUCGACUACCUAGUCUCAAGGUAUCCACGUUAUUACUAACCGGACUGCUGAUUUACGAUGUCUUCUGGGUUUUCUUUUCGUCCUACAUAUUCAGCACAAACGUAAUGGUUAAGGUAGCUACUAGGCCUGCAGAUAAUCCAGUGAGUCUCGUGGCUAGGAGACUGCACUUAGGCGGUGUGGCGAGAGCCGCGCCGAAACUACCACUACCCGGCAAGCUAGUUUUCCCGUCGAUACACCAAGCGGGACACUUCUCGAUGUUGGGUCUCGGCGACGUCGUUAUGCCGGGCCUCCUGCUCUGUUUCGUUUUGCGAUACGACGCGUACAAGAAAACGCAACUGUUGCCCGGUGGCUGCGAGACCGGAGUACCACCGCCGCGCCAUUUCAGCCGAAUUAGUUACUUUCAUUGCUCCUUGAUCGGUUAUUUUCUUGGUCUACUUACCGCCACCGUAAGCUCUGAAGUGUUCAAAGCUGCGCAGCCUGCCUUACUGUAUCUUGUGCCCUUCACUUUACUGCCGUUGCUCACGAUGGCAUAUCUGAAGGGAGAUUUACGUCGGAUGUGGAGUGAACCAUUCAUAUCUCAACAACCUUCCAAACACAUGGACGUUUGACAAGAGUCAUGGUUUUCUGUAUGUUGUGCUGUAUUGGAAGCAAAAUUUUUGCAUGGAAUUCACCGUCAUGUAACUUCAUAUUCUUAUUUUCAUCAAUGUCAUUUAAUGUAAGUAAUUUUUCUCUACACAUUCACAAAGCAUACACACACGCGCACACAUACACACACGCAACACAUCCGCGUUCUUUUUGAAGUCAAUAUGACAUACAGAGGACAAUUCAGAUCCACAAGGAUCAAUGCAAUUAUUUGCGACAUAAGUGUAAAAAUACUGCAUUAUACUGCAUAAAUAAUUUAAAUGUAAUAUAAUGUCACGAUUGUGUAAUGUUAGUGUUGCAAAGAACUCUUUUUACUGAAAAAACAAUAGAGGGAGAAUCGCUGAAAAUAUUCCAUGAGAAUGCCAAAACUAUGCAUAUAUUAUUGGCAUUCUUUUUGUGUCUUAACUUGAUGUUGAGUAUAUCGAUAGAUAUUGUGCACAGUAGAUAAUACAACCAAUGAUUAUUGUCAUCAAGCUACUACUAAGUAAAUAGGUAAAAAUUAAGCAUCGCGCGAUUAAUUUAAUAACGAAGAAAAGGUAAAAUCUCGCACUUCUACUAUGCAAUCAUUAUAACGAUCGGAUUCUCGGAAAUGUUUAGUUUUAAUCGCGAGCGAUUAAAUGGAGUUGAACAUUACUCGUGCGAAAUUUGUCGUUACUUUAAAUAGAAAGACUCACUAUGCAAUUUUUAUUUACUAUACUCAAUCACAAUCGAUUUAUUUGCGAACGUGUGAUUACAAAUAGGAUAAUUUAUGGAUUACUUCAACUUCAAUUUGCAUAAGAUUCCAAUACACACACGUGCGUAUAGGUUGUGACUUUAUUUUAAAGUUGAUUUCAUGUUCAACAAAGUAGCAGUACCACGUAAGAGAGUACUUGUAUAUAUUUAUUAUCAUUUUUAUAAGCUUUAGGAGCACAAAUUUGCGAUCUGCAGUAACCAAUGGCACGCUUCCUAAUAUCGUUUUUUGUUUUGCUGUUUUUUUUGUUUGUUGAUAGAUCUACUUCGAAAGGAAAUAAUUCAUUGUCAUUCUCGACACGUAGGUAGGAUAUAAUGCAAAACUGCAUAGUUACACGAUAACUACAAGGAAGUUUGUUUCUGAAACAGAAAGAUUUCCUAAGUGAGCUCUUGCUAUGGAUAGGAUGCUAUCAGAAAGACUUUAUAUCCUUAUUUAAAAACAAGACUGAAGAUAAAAUAUAUAAAAAAUCUGUUUAAGUAACUUCUCUGAAAGAUGCUACGCAAGUUUUUCCAUUCUAUCUUUCUCUUGGAUCGAUUUAUAGUAUUUUAUAGAUUAAUGUAAUAUUACAUUUUAAUAUAAUAAUAUUGCAUUGUCCAUAAGAAAGGUGGAGUAACAGCCGCUUUUAUAUUGUUUCUUACUUUAAAAUAAGUAACAUAAAACUCAUAGUCACGAGUAAAUUAGUAUCUUACAUUUACAAUGGUCUGAAUAAUAUUUCUUUUUAUACAUUGUUUUAUUUAAAGCAAAUUAUCAAUUAUCCAUGUAUAUCAUAAUGAUAAUUCAUAAUUCUCCCAUCUUCUUUGGAUAAACAUUAUCCCAUAAGACAUCGAAUUUUUCAAGAUAGUAAUUUUUUAUUUGAAGAAAAAUAGAACAGAGAAAAUUUUAGUUAUUUCAUCAAUCGCGAUUAUUCAAUAUAUACAUUUAUAUAUAAUAUUUAUACAAUAAUGUAGAAAAACAAAGUCAGAAUUUCAUUUAAAUUAGACAUUACUAGGGAAGGACGCGUUUCGGAUAUCAUUGAUUAAUACUACCUUACUAUCUAUUGAUGAUAGUAAUUAUGUUUCUAAUGUUCACUUUUCAUUUCACUUUACAUCUACCUGUCCAUAGCACAAGCGGUCCAUUUUCCAUCUCGUUAUACGUAUUGAGUAAAUUAUUUUUUAAAUUUUAUAAUAUACAUUUUAUAUUAUACAUUUUUUUAUGAUAAUUACUCACACGUAAUAAUAGAAUGUAUGUUAAUUACUUCCAUGAUUAUUUCGUCGAACAAUUAUAAAGAUGCUUUUUUGUAAAAUGGUUUAUUCCGAAUGUAUUUUGUUUCACUUUCAGAGAGAGUACAGUGUUCAAAUAAUCUUUUUCUCAAUUGUGUGUGUGUAGUUUGUUUUUCUUUAAAGCAAUUUAAGUAAGCUACGAUACAGCGUUUAUACUCCUACGAUGUACGUUCUAAGUUUUCUCUUCCAAAUGUACAUACAAAUACCUCGGAGGCAAAUUUUACAGUAGCAAGAUUUGCGUAACGAAGAGAUUCUUACUCAUUAAGUGAACAAUCGAAUGCAAUGAAUUUUGAAUACGACGUAGAGUGUAUCUGUGAGAAAACGUUCAAGUUUUCAAGUUGUAUAGAUUAGUGCAAUAUAUAAAGUCUAUAAUUUAAAGUGCAACAAGAUCAUGAUAUUUCUAAUUCUAAUCUCGUUUCUUCUUUCGCUUAUAAUCGAAAUCUCUUUCGACAAAUCGAUGAAUCUUUUGUACAAAAAAGGGAUUAAGGCGUAAUAGAAAGUAUUUAUAGUAAGAUUGCAACUUAGUUUAUGGUAAAAAUGAAAGGUGCGCGCGUUAAUCUAUACAUACCUUCAUUCUUUCCUAAUGUAAGUAACAAAUCACACGAUUCAAUGGAAUAUCCUAAAGUCUGACGAUUUAUUUAUUGACUAGGAUUAUACAGACGCUAGAAAUGCUCAUUAUGUAAAUUUCAGGAAGUGUACAUAAAAUAAGUAUUCACAAUUGUCCUUCAGUUUUCCCACAAACUAAGUAACGAAGUAAAAAAAAGAAGUAAUACUACAUAUACUAGCGAUACGACGUAUGGAUAGAGACAGAAUGAUCAAGGAGAGAGAGAGAGAAGAACAGGUUUCAAUGAAAAUCAAGAAUUAAACCGUAUACAGAAUAUUAUUAAAUGCUGAAUAUUAUAGAUAAUAUACUAAGAGCACUCGCGCUUGUACUGUUGCAAUUCUUGACUUGCAUGUGUACAGCUAUGUACAUUUUUAUAUAUAAUAAAACUUGACCAUUUUCAUAUGG